AUGAAGUUCUCUACCAUUCUCCCCGUCCUCGUCGCCGCCGCUUCCCCCGCCGCCGCAUUCACCCGCGUAUUCCUUGACACCGCCAGUGGAAGCAGCCUGGUCGAGUUCCUGGACUCAUCCUCCUGCAACAACAUCAGCGGCUACACAAGCGAGGUCGUGACCAGGAUCGAACCCAACGACGGGCUCUUCUGCACGGUCUACGACACGCAGGGCUGCACGGGCAACUCGGCUACGGGCGUCUACUCUGUCGGCCAGGCACCGCAGAACUUGGCAACGCUCGCUUCGUUCUGGUGCUACCCUACCAACUGGUAA